AUGCGUAUUUUUCACAUUUUCUAUCAGUUCGAAAUAAUUUUGGAGGAUGCUUUCGUCAGCAAUAAUGUUGGAGCCAUCACAGCAGCACUUCUGAGGGAGAAAGCCUCCAAGUCGUUGGUUAACAGAUUGAACAAAGUCGCUAACAAGGAACUGGACAGAACUGUGUUCAAAAGUGUCACUUUGCUUUUGAGAGCAAUUGAAGAUGUAUGCCAGUGUGAUGAAGACUGCUUUAACUGCCUGGCCAGGCAAGGUCUCGUUUACAAGAUGUUGAUGUGGUUUGAAAGAGCUGCAGACUUUCUGAAAAUGGAAGAAUACAAAGGCGUGAAGGACCUGCUCAGCCUUAUUGAGACCUUUUUUGAUUUUUUCCUGCGUUUGCCUCCUUCUAUUGAAGACAGAGGUCAGCUCACCAGUGUCUUCCUGCUGCAUGUUGGAGUGGUUGGGACUGACCCAGACGUCACGUUUAGUCUGAGAUUAGAGGCUAUAAGGACGAUUAACUCGAUCCUCGACAAUACCACAAAAGAAGAGAGGAGGAAACUGAGCAUGUCCAAAGACCAUUGUCUACUCCUUGAACAAUUUGCAAAAGUAAUUCUCAAUGUGGGCGACUAUGAGAUGCAGGUGGCCCUAUCAGAAGCACUCUGUCGAAUGACCAUAAAGAGGUCGAGGAAAGAGCUGACCAACAAGUGGUUUGCCAACCCAGUUUUUGCAGAGGGCUUCAACGCAAUAAACGAUACAGAAUUUGAGAUAGACUGCAGAACUUUUCUCAAUGACUUGAACAGCUAUUUUGGAGAUGAAAGAAGGGUGUUCACGUUCCCCUGCAUCUGUGUGUUUCUUGACACCACUGAGCUGUUCAUGCCAGAGGAUGAGAAACUGGAACAUUUCUGGGUGGACUUCAACCUAGGAACGUCCUGUAUCAGCCUCUUUGUCAACAACCCCGAGUGUUCACUGUGGGAAUCAAUCCAUUUGCUAAGAGCAGACGUCUUUAGGUUCAGUGUGUGUGACUGUGAUAAUCAGACCAUUCUGACGGUUCACCUGUCCAACCCCCUCACCUAUCGCAUGACCAAGGGAAAGAUGGUACAGAUCAUCUUCGAUUCCAAGCAUGACAUCCUGGACGCUGCCAAGAGGGUCUUUGAAAGCAAACGACUACUGCAAAGUGUACGUUCAGAUGACCAGACAUCGAUACAACACGUCAUGGAACCCUUGCAAUCAGAUAUGUUCAAUCUCGACGUGCUAGCUGCAUUGGAGACCUCAUCACUGUCCCCUACUCUGGCAACUGCAGGCAGCACAUCAAUCCCUGCUGUAAACCAGACCAGUCUGGCAACAGCUCUGUCUCGGGAAAGAAUUGAAACUUCACCGGAGGACAUCUUCGAACUGUGUGCCAGCUCUGACACUGAGGUGGCCAGAGCAAAAACAAGGCUCUUCAGCACUCAGUCUCUCUCCUCUGGCGGGUCAACACACUCUACCCCAACCAACAAGGAGAAACCGAAGCAAAAGUCUAAAUCAAAAGGCUCUCCUCCUCCCCCUGCUGAGGCUGGCAGCAGUGUGAUCCUGUCCCAGCGGGCCAAACACGACUACACCAGGAAGAAGCCCAAAACCAAGAGCAAACUGAAGAGUGAGCAUGCCACGUCCCGCCUCCCCUCACACCCACUCAUUCUGUUUGAGUGCUCUGAGCUGCGUUGGUCUAGUAGACAUCCUGCUGUAGCCCGUCUCCCCCUCACUCUCUCUACAGUUCUCCCACUGUCCUCUCCCAGCAGUGCAGACGAGGCCUCCCCUGUCAAGCACCGUACACCAGCAUGCAGAUCAGCGGGGGGAACACCAAGUAAAAACAUUGCAGAACGGCUAUUUGACAAGCUCAAAGAGGAAGAAUCUCUGGAGUUUCCUCCUACGUCCAAACUGAUAUCACGAGAUUCAGGCUUCCAUGAUGUGACUGGGGAGGACUUGGAUGAAUCUGUGUUUCACCGGGAGGAACAAGAUGAAUCUACACCUACUGACCAUGUUCCCAAUCAAGAGGCUGGAAUUCAUAGGAAGAGGCCUUUGGCCUCAGCAGAGCGUGCUGACUCGGGAGGUGCAGCGGAGAAGAAGAGUGUGCCGCUAGAAAGUGAUCCAAGGCAAAGACCCAGGGCCUUCUUUCCCUCAGAACCUCUUGAGGAGGCUGCUGAAUCAAUGAGCAGAGUGCUGAAUGAGGAGGUGGAGUCUGAGAUGGAGAUGGGCUCUGGAGUCAUCGCUGCUUUCCAGACCUUCAAGAGCCAGCUGAGAGCACACUUCUCGUCCAGAUACAAGAAGAUUGAAGCCCGCUCCCUGCAGUCUCUGAUGGACUGUCAGAAAAAUGUCACCUCUCUCCUGGGUGCUGUCCACGACAGCAGGCUGGUCCACCUGGAGCGCUUCCAGGCCACCGUAGUCCAGGAGCUGGGCCGCCUGGAGAAUGACUGCAUCUCCCUCAAAGAGAUCGAGGGGGAAACUGUGAACUUUUGGCAGAGCGAGUCUCAGUCCGUGCGGUCGUUCUGUGACCGACAGCAGCAGAGGUUAGGGUCACUAGGAGAGCCCAGAGAUGGCUGGAGCAGCAUGUCACAGAGGGAGGAGGCUGCAGCACCACCGGAACCUCCAAAGUAGAACGCUGGUGACAAAGGAAAUAGAAGCUAAGACUCUCCAGUUCCUGAUGAAACUAACACCACUUUGGACCUUUAUACUGACAUUGAACCAUGAGUGACGUCGUACAGACGCGUAAUGGCUGAUAGACCAUGACCAAAGUUCUCACACAUGCAAUGACCUACCUUGCUCAUUUAUUUUUUUCUGCCAUUGUUCAAAAUACACUCAAUUAGAGCUAAUGCAUAAAUAGCUGAAGGAUAAUAAUAGGCUGAUGGAUUUCAAGGUUAGACAUCAGAGAGCAAGGCAGACCAUGAGUGUUUUAUUUUUUUAAUUAACUUUUGUCAUGUUUGUCGAUAGCCACUCAAAGACAUUCAGUGAUUGAUUGAGAAAUGCAAUGUAUGAAGUCUACGAAAGUCAUCAGGAAAGCCAGUAAAAUAUAGUUCUUCUAAAGAACCAGUCAAAUGUUUACUAUGUUUUGCACCCAUAAACUUGCAUUCAAAUACAGUGGGAUAUAUCAGGUAGGUUUAGCAGUGUUUCUAAGGCAUCUUUAGUUUAACAAUGAUUUGAGUGAAUGCUCUGGAGGGAUAUUUUUGGUGAGUACAUACCGGAGGCUAUAUGCAAUAAAGGCAUAGUUGUGGCCAAAUAUAUAUUGGCACUUUUCUUAAAUAAUUCCCUCUAAAAUAAGUUAACUUUUGCAAUGUUCAACCCAGUGAUAUUGGAUUUAACAUUCCAGAAACAAUUUUUUUGUGAACUUGUUUAUAAAAAAAGUGUUUAGAAAAUACAGGCAAAUGGCAUGGACAAAAUGAUUGCCACUCCGGAGCUAGUACUUGAUUUCACAGUCUUUGGCCAAGAUAACGGCAGACAAAUGCUUCUUGUAGCUAUCAAUAGGCUUGCUGCACCUUUUCUACUGCUGUUUUUAGAUCUCUCGUAGGUUUUGGAUGUGAUUCAAAUCUGGACAUGUCACUGGCCACUUCACAACAGUCAAGCAUCUCUUUUCCAUUCCUGGGUGCUUUUUGUGUGUUUGGGGUCGUUGUCGUGCUGGAAGAUCCACGUCCAUUAAUGGAGACCCUGUUUUUGGCUACUGGGUUGAACAUUAGCAGAGUCCAAUCUGCUGAUUUCAUGAUGCCUUGUGCACAUUCAAGGCCCCCAGUACCAAAAGCAAAGUAACCCUGCAGCAUUAUCAAACCCCGUCUUUGAUUGUACAGAGGCUGUUCUUUUAAUUGAAUACUUAGUAAACAGCGCUGAUCUGUAUUGCCAUAGAACUCAUUUUGUUUCUUUGGUCCACAUAACAUUGAAGUGUUUAGUAGUUUUUGUGUAGUUAGCAGGCUUUCUUGUCUCCAUCAGCAGUGUGGUCUUCCUAUGUUUACCAUCAACCAAAUAAAGCGUUCAAAGAAAAGAACACCUUUCCUACAAUUUAUUAGAAUGAGGUUUGAUAAUGCUGUGAGGUUGCUUUGGUGCUGGGGUCCUAAAUGUGUGCAAGACCUCGUGAAAUCUCCAGUUUGAGUUCAACGUUCAACCAAGUGUCCAAAAACGCUCUUUGAGCAGGACAACCUAAAACGCAAACAAAAAUCUCCCUGGAAUGGUUCAAGAAGAAACACUGGACUGUUCUGGAGUGGCCAGUGAAGAGUCCAGGACAUGGUUUCCCAAAAGCAUCUUCAGGUUAAGUUCAUUAUAGAAUUGAUGGUUCUAACGACUUGAGCCUUAAAAUGCAAAUGGUAACCGGGCUCAGAUUCCAAUCCAUAAAAUCUAAGAUGGCAGCAUGUCAAUGUUUGUCUGUGACUAGUAGAUUUUUAACCUAAUAACCUAUUAGUUUAUGGUGGAGCAAAUCUACAAUUUCCUUGUGUUGUGCAAACGAUUUAGUUUUGCUGGUGUGAAGCUCGCGGGUCUCCAAAUCGGAUACACUUUUUUAACAUUUAUUUUUCGCUAUUUGCACUUGUUUACUUGACGUUUACCAAAGUAACCCUCUCUGGCUGGCCUGGGUUCUAUCCUCAGAUUUACAUUAGCGGAGUAUCUCGUCCAAGCGGCUCCUCUUCGCUCUCUGCCUGGCUGUCAGAGGCAGCUCAACAACCCCCAAUCUACUCACGCGCACACACUCACAUACAGACUGAUACAUGCACACAGUCCCUCCUUACCUUUCAUUGGUCACCAUUUCUUACAUCGCUCAGAGAAAAUGACAAUUUUCGUGGUAUUGCUUUAUGCACUUGUCUUGUUUUGCAGGCUUUGUACAAAAUAAUAAAAUGCGGUACUACAGGAUAUUUCUUAACGUAGCUCUUUAUUAGCUAGCUAUAACUUGCCUGUUCACGUAUCUCCAACCAUGAUAAACUGCCCAUGACCUAACCAUCUGGUUGGUCUUAACCAAUCAUAGCACAGUAUGAUACGGCGGUAAAAUGCAUCUAAUUAUAAUUCAGUAUGUUUACACAUAUGAAUAUUACAGCACUGACUUUACUGGAGAAAGCUGUAGUGUCUUAGCUCUUAUUACUUAUUUAUAUAAUAAGAAAGACUCUGAAUACAAGAAAUUGUACUGGAGCUUCACAUUUUACUGGAAUCAGUUAGUAUCAGAAUAACAUAGAACAACAUUGCGCAUGACCAAGGAUGCUCCAUUCUUAAAGGGGGCAUCAGUAAUUAACAGAACAUAACAAAAACAUUGUCGCUGGGUGAGUACAUCUGACAAUGUGCUCUCCCGUCCAUUAGACAUUUUGUCUGCGGGAACUCGCUCUUUUUCACUCGGUUCACUUGUCCAAGUGCCGAUGCAUUUGUGGCAUGAUGUGACCAGUACGAACUUGUCACAACCAAAGUCUAAUGGUUUUAAAUGACUGUUUUGUAUUGUCUGGAAACUCGUAGAAUUCACUUGCAGUAGGUCUCUUAAAAAAGAGAAGCCGUGCAAGGUGCCUAGUUAUUUUAUUGAUAUCAGGUAACGUGCAACCUGGCCCUUAUAUGCAAUGUCUCCAAACCCCCUCUGAUUUUAAAUCUAGAUCUGGUUUUGGUAAUUUUAAUUUAAAUGUACGCAGCCGGUUGUACAAAUUAUGGGGUUAGGAUUUGGCCAAAAUCUACAGAUGCUGAUGUAAUUGUGUUUUCUGAAACCUGGCUCAUCAAGUUUGUUCUUGAUAAGGAUAUUUGAAAUGUUCACACUGAUCGAGUUAAGGUGGGAGUGCGGCUAUAUAUGUAAAGACUACAUUCCUUGUAAGUGUGGCAAAGUCUGAAACUAUUUGUAAACCGUUGGAAUUUCUUGUUUUGAACCUUGAGGUUUCAAAAGGUCUGUUAUAGACCCACCUCCUGCUAUCGGUGAUGCAUUUUCUUCUCUGAUGCACCUUAUGUCUAAACGUGUUUACAGUGAAAUUAUCUUGAUAGGUGAGCUCAACUGGUGUUGGUUAAAACCGGUGUCUGAUUUUAAAAUGUAUUGUAAUUCUAUGAAUGUUACCCAGUUGAUUAGCUCACCAAAACGCUCAAAUGUCCAGAGAAAUCUACCCUGAUUGAUUUGAUAUUGACAAAUGUUCCACAUAAAUAUUCUGCGGUUGGUGUUUUUUUGUAAUGACCAUUGUGCAGUUGUUGUUGUUCCUAAGGUUCCUAAAACAAACCCACGCUUUAUUCGUAAAAUACAUUUUUAGAGUUUUAAUGAGCAGCCUUUCUUUCAUGAUUUGUUUUAUUUUGACUGGAGAAAGAUUGAGCUUAUUCCUGACGUGGAAACUGCCUGGAAGUUCUUUCAUGAAGGUUUUUUCCCCAAAUAGUAAACAUGCCCCAUUCUGCAGGUUCUGAGUUAAAAGGCAGGAUAAUCCAUGGUUUUCUUCUGAGCUGUCUUGCAUUAUUCACUAAUGUAAUCUAGCCUGGGCUAAAGCAAGGAAAUCAUGUUCUGAUUGGCUUCUUUUUAAGCAGCUACGAAACAAGUGUUAUUUGAAGUCUGAAUAUUUUAUGUCUGUUACCACUGAUAACCUGAAUGACCCUAAAGUUUUGGGAGGCUAUUAAAUCGGUCUGGUAACAGUAAUGUUAAUGAAUUACCGUCAUGUGUAUUGAAGGACUCUGUUGCUGUAUAUGACAGCUGAAUUGUUUCAAUGAGCACUUUGUAUUAUUUGGUAGGCUGCUUAAUUCAGUAUCCUCUGGCUCUGUACAACCCUGUGUGCAUGAACCAGUGAGAGUUGGUCGAACUUUUUGCUAUUCUUAGUGCCCUGAAAUCCUUAGAUCAGAGAAAGCCUGCAGGUCCUGAUCAUCUUGAUCCCUGCAUUUUAAAACUGGCAGCUGAUUUCAUAGCUGAACCACUUACGUAUUUGUUCAAUCUAACCCUGGAAUGUAAUGAAAUUCCAAAGAUCUGGAAAGCAGCAUUUGCCCUACCACUUUUAAAGGGGGGAGAUCCAACUCUUUUAAAUAAUUAUAGUCCAAUCUCAAAGCUGUCACCCCUGGCGCAAAUUCUUGAAAUGUUUGUUAGUGAACAGCUAAUUGCUUUUAUAUACUAUAAUUUAUCAAUGUACCAAUCGGGCUUCAGGAAGAAGCAUAGCACAAUUACAGCAGCCAUUAAGGUUUAAAUUAUAUCACUGAAGCCCUUGACAAAAAACAGCACUGUGUCUCACUUUUUAUUGAUCUCUCUAAGGCUUUUGAUACAGUUGAUCAUGCUAUACUGAGGCAUGGUUUGCUAACUGCCUGAUAGAACUCAGUGCACUCAAUUUGAUGGGCUCAUGUCUGUUAAAUGGUCUGUCUAAUGGUGUGCACCAGGGCUCUGUACUUCACUAUUUAUAUAAAUAAUUAAAACAAAUUUGCAAAAUGCGCAACUUAACUUUUUUGCUGAUGAUACUGCUCUUUGUUGUGCCUCGUCUCUCUCUCUCAAGCUUUCAAGAACUUGCAAACUGCUUUUUAUACUGUUCAACAUACCUUGUCAGUUUAAGCUUAUCCUCAAUACUGACUAAACUAAUGGUAUUUUCUAAAGCAAGAAAUAGAUCUCUGAACCUUUCACCAAUUACUACCUGUCAGGGUAAUGAGAUUGAGACUGUAACCUGAUCUUUAUAUCUUGGAAUUUUAAUUGAUGACUGCCUCUUUUUAAAUAAGGCCUGAAGUAAUUAAUGGACACUAACUGACCAUCAUAUCAUACAACUCAUUCCCUUAGAAGUUGGAUGAGGUACAUUUAGCAGCAUGAGCAUGUACAGGUAACUGCCAAACUAGAGGAAACACUAUCAUAGUGUCUUAAUAGGUCGUUGGGCCACUACGAGCUGGCAGAACAGUUUCAAUGCGCCUUGCCAUAGAUCAGGGAUCGUCAACUAUAAAGAUUUAUCUGUGGGACAAUUAUUUUUCUUGAGUGGAUGGUCGGGCGUCAGGAACAUAAUUCUUCAGAGUUCAAGUAACAGACACAUCUCAACAUCAACUGUUCAGAGAAGACUCAGGCCUUCAAGGUCAAAUUGCUGCAAAGAAACCACUACUAAAAGGACACCAAUAAUAAGAAGAGACUUGCUUGGGCCAAGAAACACGAGCAAUGGACAUUAGACCGGUGGAAAUAUGUCCUUUGUUCUGAUGAGUCCAAAUGUGAAGUUUUUGGUUCCAACCGCCUGGUCUUUGUGAGACGCAGAGUAAGAGAACGGAUGAUCUCCGCAUGUGUGGUUCUCACAGUGAGGCAUGGAGGAGGAGGUGUGAUGGUGCUUUACUUGUGACACCAUCUGUGAUUUAUUUAGAAUUCAAAGCCCACUUAACCAGAAUGGCUACCACAGCAUUCUGCAGCGAUACGCCAUCCCAUCUGGUUUGCACUUAGAUGGGGACUAUUAUUUGUUUUUCAACAGGACAAUGACCAAACACACCUUUUUAAGCUGUGUAAGGGCUAUUUGACCAAGAAGGAGAGUGAAUAGGGCUUCAUCAGAUGACCUGGCCUCCACAAUCACCCGACUACAACCCAAUUGAGAUGGCUUGGCAUGAGUUGGACCGCAGAGUGAAGGAAAAGCAGCCAACAAUUGCUCAGCAUAUGUGGGAACUCUUUCAAGACUGUUGGAAAAGCAUUCCUCAUGGUUGAGAGAAUGCCAAGAGUCUGCAAAGCUGUCAUCAGGCAAAGGGUGGCUUCGAGAAGAAUCUCAAAUAUAGUUUGAUUUGUUUUUUGUUACUACAUUAUUCCAUUUAAGUUAUUUCAUAGUUUUUAUGUCUUCACUAUUAUUCUACAAUGUAUAAAAUAGUAAAAAUAAAGAAAAACCCUUGAAUGAG